GUUGUGGUUACCAGGGGAACGCGAGCCUGAGAAGUUGCCGCUGACUGCUUCUCGUGAUGAACGCCGGAGAAACAGCAUUACUUUUGUAAUUCACAGGUAUAUACACAUGCGUGCAACAGCUUCGCUUACGAAGGAAGUGAUGUAGAGUCAUAUAGACGCAUUUGGCAUUACCGUCCAUUCACCCCAAAGGCACGUUUGUCAGAGGAACCAAUAAGUAAUAUUCUGCAAAAUGCCUUCACCACAAGUCCUCCAGCCGGUGCUUAAGAUGAAGGUGGACGAGCUCUUUCACAACUGGUUGAGUGACCCUGCAACCCAGUCACUACUCAAAGAUUAUCUUGACCUAAUCAAAAGUGGACAACACAUUGAUCUGAGCAGUGGGGAUGCCCAGGACAAGAGGUCGUUGACCUUCAAUGAGAACAACAAUGUGGCAUCCCAGAGAAACCUGGCAGAGAAGAAGCCCACUUCCCUCAGUACCCCCUCCAGCCCCCCAUCCACCAGUACCCUGCCCUCUGGCAGUAGCAGUAAUACCAGAGUGACCGGACCCAAUGGCAGAAUACUACGGAGGUCUGUCAGCACAAAAAAGGCCCAGGUGAGGACGGAGGAGCCCGUCACCACAGCGUUGAGUGAAAGCAUUCCAAAGUUUCACUUCCCACAGGGCCGGCCCCAAGCCAACCUCAACAUUGACAGCCUCAUUUCCAAAAUUGAGAAAAUAUUUUCCCAAUUCCCAAAUGAAAGGGCCACCAUUGAGGACAUGGGGCAGGUUGCCAAGGCCUGUGAGUGCCCUUUUUACUGGAAAAUGCCAUUGUUCUGCUCGGCUGGAGGCGAUAGGACCGGCUUCGUGUCCGUUCACAAGUUCGUGGCUAUGUGGAGAAAAACUCUGCAGACCUGUCACGAUGACGCUUCUAAAUUUGUGCACCUCUUGGCCAAGCCUGGCUGUAAUUACCUGGAACAAGACGACUUUAUUCCAUUCCUGCAGGAUGUGGUGAACUCACACGCAGGCCUGGCCUUUCUAAAGGAGGCACCGGACUUUCACUCACGAUACAUCACCACGGUGAUUCAGAGGAUAUUCUACAAUGUGAACCGGUCAUGGACUGGAAAAAUAACACAUUCUGAGCUCAGGAAAAGUAACUUUCUUCAGAAUUUAGCAUUGCUGGAGCAGGAAGAGGACGUGAACCAGCUGACAGAGUUCUUCUCCUAUGAACAUUUCUACGUUAUCUACUGCAAGUUCUGGGAGCUGGACACUGACCAUGACCUCUACAUAGACCAGAAGGACCUGGGACAGCAUAAUGACCAAGCCAUCUCCCAUAAGAUGAUUGAGAGAAUUUUCUCAGGAACAGUUACAAGAGACAGGCGGGUGUAUAAGGAAGGGAGGCUAAGUUAUGCUGAUUUUGUCUGGUUCCUCAUGUCUGAGGAGGACAAGAAGACCGACACCAGUAUAGAGUACUGGUUCCGCUGUAUGGACCUGGAUGGGGAUGGGGUGCUCAGCAUGUACGAGCUUGAGUACUUCUACGAGGAGCAGUGUCAGAAGCUGGAGACCAUGGCUAUUGAGCCUCUUCCCUUUGAGGACUGCCUCUGCCAAAUGCUUGACCUUGUCAAGCCCGAGGUUGAAGGUAAGAUCACUCUGCGGGACCUUAAAAGGUGCAAGUUGUCCCACAUCUUCUUCGACACUUUCUUCAACAUUGAGAAGUACCUGGACCACGAGCAGAGGGACCCAUUCUCUGUGAUAAGGGAGGUGGAGACGGACGGCCAGGAGGUCUCAGACUGGGAGAAAUAUGCUGCAGAGGAGUACGACAUCCUGGUAGCUGAGGAGGCUGCCAGCGAUCAGUGCAACGAUGUGUAUGAAAAUCCUUUGAGCCCUUUAGGGCAGCACAUCUCCAGUGAGCUGGGUCUGACAAAGAGACACUUCUUUGAGAUCCCUAGUCCACACUGCAACCUGGACCUGGAUGAAUAUGAAUAUGAAGAUGACUUUGAAUGACCCUCGAUCCUGCAUCACAAGCCUGCUGAGCGCUGUGCGCUCCCAGACACAGAGCUCGACCAGCAGCGUUAGUCGAUGAGUCGCAUCAAGUCAGAGACUCACAAGUUCAGGCCCGGUUCACAUCAUGCGUAACAGGACAAAUAAACAAUAAAUAAACAGGGAGUGAAUGCAAAACCAGAACACUGGUGUUGUCAGAUGUGCUAUAGAAAUGUACACAGUGUCACCCUCGGACUAACAGGAAAUGUGAAGUGGUCUGAUGGUUGGUGGUUUUUCACAAUACUGUAUGUUUUAAUGUUUUCACCUGCCACACUUAAAGAAGUCACCAAAGCUGACUUUAUGAUGUCACAAGCACCACGUUUGCGCCAUCCCCACUUGUUAAAGGUAAAAGUUUUGCAUGUAAUGCUUUGUACAAAUAAUGUUUGGGGCGAGUGUUAUUUCAUCUGUUCAUCAGUACUGUGUAAUCACAUUCUUCACACUGGAGCUCCCUGGAUUGUCGGACAGAAACCAUGUUGAUUUUAUUCAGGUUUUGAACUAAUUAUCAUCUGAAGUCAUUGGCUAAUACAUUCCAGUGAUCACAACUGAGGAUUUUCUAUAAAAUUGUAAAUUCAUUAAUGGUUGUUUAAAUGACAAGUUACUUUAAAUGCCAAACAAGCCACCGUUGAGCCUGCUGUACACACACACACAUACACACACACACACAGUUCAGACUGCCACACAGUGUAUAUUGUACAGGUCGGUAUUCAUUGUGACUUAGAUUUAAUGUAUGUGUGAGAUGGGGUUAUAAAUUAUUAGAGAUGAAUUUAUAAAUAACUGUAAAUAUUUAUUUGGUGCUUGCUGUGUUGUAAAUGAUUUGGGCAAGUGUUUUAGAGAAAUUCUUUUUUCUAUGUUAUAAAGUACCUAAUUUGAAUGUACUUUGACAGAACAAAAGGAACCAAUUUUUAAAUGUUUUGCUUUUCUUUAAAUUAAUAAUAAAGCCUUGUUUAAUGGAAGAGUAAAGAAAA